AUGGUGACGCUGCCACCAGAGACGGCGCUCGGGAACUUCAGCCACUUCCUCAUCUACGCGGCCUCGAGCCUUGCGGAGCAGAGCUUCCCCAGGGCGCUGCUCAUCGCGGACGCGGACGCCUCCGUGUCGGCCUUGAGCUUCCUGGGCCAGGACCUCGACUUCAGCGACUUGGGCGGAACACUGUCCUGGCUGCCCCCCAAUGACACCAGCCGCGUGGACGCGUACUUGGCCUACCUGGCCACAGGCGCAGCAGGCACGGGCCGGUUACAACUGGGCGACGCGCUGAUGCCUCAGGUUCUUUCACUGGAUGUACCAGCCAACACGCCCAGAGGGAACUUCAGCCACUUCACCGUCUUCACCCGCUCGGUGCUGGUGGAACAGACACCCGGCCCUUGA